AUGUUGGCCGCAAUUGGCAAAAGAAUAGUCUUCUAUCAAGACAGUGCCACAGAUCUGACCAAAUGUGCAGACCAAAGAUACAGCACAGAGAUCCUCUCCGUUGAUCCUCUCAUCAUUCAUAUCGACAACUUCGUCAAUGAGCAAGAGAUAGACUAUCUCAUGCAAGUAGGGGAGCCACUUUUCCGAGCCUCUCAGCUAUUCGACGACACGCAGGUGCGAUCUGUCGACACACCAUACCGAUCAUCAUCGACUGCAUUUAUGCCAUACGAUGACCCAGUUUGUCAUUGUGUUGGACAGCGAGCGCUAAAGUUCCUUGGGUUUAUCGAACACGUGGAAUAUGAGACUCUGCAACUUGUGCGCUACUAUCCAGGCCAGGAAUACAAUUUACACAGUGACUGGUUGCAUCGGCCAAAACUCAGUCGUUCUCCCCGGGAUGAAGGACGUGAAUAUAACCGCCUGGGAAGUUUCUUUACAUAUCUUGGGGGCAAUGCAACUGGUGGCGAGACUUACUUCCCCUUUGUUAAUGGGGCAAGCCUCAACGCGGACGGCCGCAAAUAUGCUAUCCCAGCCAGUGGUCAGGGGCUGGUAGUGAAACCGACCAAGGGAAGUGCACUAUUCUGGAUGAAUCUUCAUGCUAGUAAUGGAACGGGUGAUGAACGGACACUCCAUGCCGGAUUACCUGUUCAUUCAGGAGUGAAAUACGGGAUGAACGUUUGGACCAAACAUUACAAGUCAUCUCCCAUUAUAGGACCUUACGAAUCACGGGAAGACCAGCCAGAUGAUUUGAAUCAGGAUUUCCUCUUAGAGCGAGGGGUGUUGUCGAACCUAGCGAAUAGUUUGAAACACGAUAGCGAAUAG